AUGACCGGCGGUCAAAUUCCUGCCACUCCUUACAACUGGCCUCACGAUGCAUCUUUCAAUGGGGAAACCACUGCACUCGUCAUUAUCGACAUGCAGCGCGAUUUCUGCGAGGUGGGAGGCUACUUCGACUGUCAGGGCUAUGACGUGAGUAGCGCUCGAGGACUCAUACCAGGGCUGAAAGAACUUCUCUAUCACACCCGAGAGGUUGAUUUUGCAAUCUUCUUUACCCGAGAAGGCCACAGACCCGAUCUUUCGACUUUGUCGAGUCGAGAACGGUUCCGGUCGAGAAACAAUCCACGCCAUCUCGGGAUUGGGGAUAAAGGUCCCUUGGGCAGAUUUCUGAUUCGCGGGGAGGCCGGCCAUGAUGUGAUUCCUGAGCUGCAGCCACUUCCAGAAGAAAAUAUCAUCGACAAGCCAGGACGUGGAGCGUUUGCCCAUACUGAUUUCGAACACCUUCUGCGUCUUCGGGGAAUCAAGAAUCUCAUCCUAACUGGGGUGACCUCCGACGUUUGCGUGUCCACCACCAUGCGGGAGGCGAACGAUCGUGGAUUCGACUGCGUCGUUCUCGAAGAUCUGACAGCCGCAGCCACGCCGGAGCUGCACCAUUUUGCCCUGGAGUCGGUGAAGAUGGAGGGUGGAAUAUUUGGUGCCGUCGCACACUCCAGGGACGUGGUUGAAGGGCUUCGUCGCCAACCACAUAGAGGAGUGACGUCUCGAGGCGACCCCCGGUCUGCCUUGCAUUUUGACUAA